UGUUUCAGACAGAUCUAGUGGAUUUUUAACUGACCAGACGCUGUUUAGAUUCGUUCGACAGUUUUCUUAACAUUUUACUUUUUUGUUGAGUGAUAAUUUUUGAGUGAAUUCAUCAAGCACAAUCCUUGAGAGGGUAGCUGAGUUUUGAAGAUUGGAAGAGUGAUUCUGAAAUUCGAGGGAGACUUCUAAAUUAAAAUAACAAAAUGAAAACCAUCGUAGUUGCUUUUCUCGUAGCCCUCUUCGGCUAUAGCGCCGCACUUCCGGUUAAACUGGAGGAUAACCCCAGCCCAGUCGUUGGAAUUCCAAUUCUUUUCCAAGAAUCGACUGGAUUGGAGAACAAAGGACAGUAUGGCUCAUCUCCAAUCAUAUAUGGGCUUCUGUUGAGCAAAUUGGACAGACUAGAGGAGGAUGUCAAUAGCGGUUUGAUUGAGAAACGGGAGGUGAAGGAGAAUGACCAAGAGGACCUCGAAACCGCAGCUGGCACUUAUGCUCUUCGACCACUGUUCGUCUAUCGACAGCAAUUGGCAUACAAGCAGCGGGUCAGGGAAGCAUAUCGCCGUAGAAGCCCCUUCUGAGUCAUAUUAAUGGGACUGGUUAUGUCGUUGACAACCUGACGAUCGAAAGGACAACGAUUUGGAAACCAAAGAGGCGCGUACGAUUCGCAUUCCACGAUUCGUAAUCGGAUAUUUAUUGGGGAUUUAAGAUUCUUUCGAUGGACUCGGGGGAAUCUGAUGAGAAAUAAGACAGAAUUAGCUACGUUUAAGUGGAAAGUAAAAUUGACUAAGAAUGGGAUAUUCGAAGUAAGGGAAAACCGAAUUGAAAGGAGUCUGAUGAAAAUUAAGGCUUAAAAAAGAGAAUCCAAGAAUCUGAAAGUAGUCCACUUAAAAUGGAAAUCACUGGAAGAAAAUUUCUCUACCGUUCAAUUUUUGAAGAUGAACUGAACACUAACAAACACAGUAGAAUCUUCUAAAAACCUACAGACAAUUUUCUGCGUUGGAAAAACUACCGCAGCCGACACGAGGACGGAGAAGGUCAUUGAAGACGGAAGUGAAUUCGUCUUCGCGUAGGCUGCGCCACCUUGCGUGCUCGUUAGUAAACGAGUACAAAUAGUAGGGCUGCUAAUUGGACGAGCAAAUAGUUCACGUAACAAACGGUAACGUAAUUCUUGCAGCAAAACCAGAACAAUCCUGAUAUUUAAUGAGUUAGUCAAAUGUUCAAUUGUAUAUUUUAUAUGAUAGGGUACAAAGUUUGUACUAUUUUUUUUUUUCUGUAAGCUAAGAUUCUAGUUUAUAAUAUUGUGUGAAAGAGUGAACUGGUAUUGUAAAAUAGAACUCUAGUACUUAAGAGAAAGCUACCCAC